UUUGGCACCUGCUUUCACUCCACCUUCCCAGUUAGCUUAAAAUGAGGGGCCAGCUCUUUCCUGGUUUCUGUUUGUACCAGACCGCUAGCUUGAAGUUUCACUGCUGCAGAAGUAGAUCCACCAUGAUCCCUUCAGUCACGCUAAAUAAUGGAGACAAGAUGCCGAUUGUGGGUCUGGGAACAUGGAGGGCUGAGCCAGGAAAGGUCCAGGAGGCUGUAAAAGUGGCAAUACGUGAAGGUUACCGCCACUUUGACGGUGCUUACAUCUAUAGGAAUGAAGGAGAGGUUGGGGCUGGAAUUUCUGCUAUGAUUGAAGACGGUGUGGUGAAGAGGGAGGAUCUGUUCAUUGUUAGUAAGUUGUGGAACACCUUCCACAUUCCCUCUCUGGUGAGGGGAGCCUGUGAGAAAACCCUCAGUGACCUGAAACUGGACUACUUGGACCUGUACCUCAUGCAUUCCCCAAUAGGACUCAAGCCAGGGGAGGAGCUUUAUCCAAUGGACGAGAACAAACAGGUCAUUUCUGAUGGCAGCGACUUCUUAGACACCUGGGAGGCCAUGGAGGAGCUUGUAGACGCCGGAUUGGUCAAAGCGAUUGGUAUCUCCAACUUCAACAAAGACCAGACUGAAGCCAUACUCAACAAGCCAGGCCUCAAAUACAAGCCUGCCACCAACCAGGUUGAGUGCCAUCCAUAUCUAAACCAGGAAAAACUGAUCAGCUACUGCCACUCAAAGGGCGUUUCAGUGACGGCGUACAGCCCCCUGGGAUCCCCUGACAGACCCUGGGCUAACUCCAAUGAUCCCAUCCUGUUAGAGGACCAAAAGGUCAAGGAUAUUGCCAGCAAAUACAACAAGACCCCAGCACAGGUUCUCAUCAGGUUUCACAUUCAGAGGAACGUGAUUGUAAUUGUCAAGUCAGUGACGCCACAUCGGAUCAAGGAAAACAUACAGUUGUUCGACUUUGAGUUAAGUGAAGAAGACAUGAAGAGUUUACUCAGCUUGAACAGGAACUGGAGAGGAUUCAAAAUGGAGGCGGCAUCAAACCACAAAGACUUCCCGCUGAAUGCUGAGUACUAACUCACCAGACAACAUCAUUCAUGUUUUUACUGAACUUAAUCGGUGAGGGCUAACGCUGAUGUCAUGAUAAAUGUCUGUGAACACAGUUAGAAUUCAGAUUGUUGUUGUUGCAUGUAGUAAACAUCAUCACAGCAUUCAUUCAGUCUAGAUAAGCCCCAAAGUUUGCAGUUACUUGCAAAUCUACUUUCAGUGCUAAAAUACUAAAUCCCAUUCUCUGAACCAAAUCCUCAUUAGCUUAAACCCAUUAACUGAAACAAUCCCCAUUUUUGGCAAAACUCUGAACAGUUUUACUCAGUUAGGCACAAUCUGUAGAUCUCAUUCCCCCUUUUCUGCAGAACUUAACACAUUCUCACUCACUCGAAUAGUUUGUCCUGAGAUGCACCUGCAGAGGGUAAGCAUGAUUACAGCACAGUGUCACAGUUGAUAAUGAUGAGGUGGAACCAGUCCAAGCAGUUUAGAGAACAAUAGUGAACUGAAAGUUGAUAUCAAAGAAGAAUGGAAACUAUCUGAGAGUCUGAGAAGGGAAGAGGUGGCAGAUUACAUGAGGGAGGAAGAGGAGGAAGGAGGAGUAACUGUGAUAGACCAAGUUCUUCCUCUUGGUAUCACAAUGAAGGAGGCUUGAAAAAUCACACUCAUGUCAUGCAGUAUAUAACUAAGACUGAGAGCGGAUAUUUCAACUUGGAAAACUUGGAAAUGUAAGCAGCUUUGUAUCACUUACUGUAAGGAGCUUUACUUACCUGCCAACUCAGUUUCUUAUUGUCUCAAAAAUAAACCUCAUUCUGGUGUGA